GCUGCUGGGUUUCCUUCUUCUUCCUUCUCCCCCAAAGCUUCUUGAACUCGUAACCUCCAUUACUGCCCUGCAAACAACGAACCCUCCUUGAAUUCUGUAGAAAAAGCCAUGGAUGCUCUGUAAUUUUCCUAUCUAAUCAGCAUCAGCUUUGUUCUUUGAACUGUUGCUGCACAGGAAAGUGAUACGAGCCAGCAGGUAUGAAUUGGGUGAGGCAGAGAGUUCUGGUUUCAAUUGGGAGGCAGAGGCAGCUGCAUACUUUCGAUGCGCCGAGCGAAAGCUUGAAGACGAAAUUUGCUGAGUUGGGGAAAAUGAGGAGGAGAAGAAGCUCAAAGAAAGAUAAGCAAUCGGUUUUCGUCGAGGUUCCAGAGUCGAUGACCUACCUCGACACAGCCACCAUGCCCCAGAUUCUCACCGCCGUUGGCAUUGCCCUCUUCGCCAAGCUCCUCAUGAUGUACGACGACUCAAGGUCACAAGAAUUGAUUGAACGCAAAAUAAAGAAUGCUCCUGCUGGGCAAGGCACUGUUAGGAUGCUCUCCCGAGAGGAAUGGGAAGAAAUUCGCGAAGUAAGACCAAGGACUCCGUUUGAAUCCAAGCUUGCUCGUCCAAAUGCACACUUAAGAACUGGAGAACCAUUACGCAUGGAGGAUUUAAAGGAUUGGACGAUUGAUGUGCUCACAGAUGCAUUUGCUCGGGUUGAAGAAAGUGUUAGACACACUUCCAAGUGACUUUUCCCGUCUUUUGAGCAUGUCACAUGUGAAUAUCAGGUUUUUUCAACAUUUUGAUUCUCUAUACGAUAUCAAUCAUACACAAAGAUUAGCAUCUCUGAGGAGCUUCUGAAAGAACAUCGUGCAAUCUUGUGGAUUUGGUUUCUGGUAUAAUUUUGUCCUGCUUUAAUGUAGAAAAUAUACUUCCAAAAGCCAUCACAAAGCAAUGGUGGCAAAGGCAUAUGGUAAAGCAUGCGCUCAGCUUGCACACUCCCAUGUGAUGGUAGGCAGAGCUUGCAGAGCCAAAUGUGUACGAUUUUGUUCAAUUUGUUGGACCUAUUUGCUGAAUUAUGUUUGCUUUCCAAAGGCAAACUUUGAUAUCUUGGGCUGCAACUGAUAAAGUAUUAUCUUAUUCUCCAA